UCGGGAAGCGGCGCUGAGGGACAGGAGGAGGGAAAGGAGACCGAUGCUGCUCAGGCACCAUCGCGGGCACCCGCAGGACCCCGGGAGGCGCGGCGCGGGGGCGGGGCCUUCUGAGAGCAGGGACGUGGACGGAGCGGCUCUGUGGGACCGUGCGUGAGGCUGUGGCGAUUCCUCAGUUAGUGCUGCCGUCAUGCCCGGGCCCAACCCCAGCGCCACCAGCGUCGGCUCCUCCGGGCGCUCCCCCAGCAAGGCCGUGGCUCCCCGCGCGGCGGGAUCCACAGUUCGACAGCGGAAGAAUGCCAGCUGUGGGACGAGAAGUGCAGGCCGUGCCACUUCCACAGGUACUGGUGGGAUGUGGCGAUUCUACACUGAGGACUCUCCAGGGCUGAAAGUUGGGCCUGUUCCAGUUUUGGUCAUGAGUCUUCUUUUUAUUGCUUCUGUGUUUAUGCUGCACAUCUGGGGUAAAUACACUCGUUCAUAGACUCCUCAGAAAACAUUAAAGCAUACAUCUUGGACCAAAUAUAUGGUGGAUCUUGUUUGUACUUGGACAGAGAUUGAGGAAGCUUCCUGUCACCUGUUGAAGUCCUGUCAACUUUGGCUCUAAUAUCAAAAGGAUUUCUCAAUUUGCUGAGAAAUUUGGGCAGGUUUUAAGUCAAUUACAAGGUCAUCUUAUGUUUGUAUCUGUACAAUUAGAAUAUGCCUAUUGCAAUAAAAAUUGUAUAUGGAAGCAGAAGCAGUUUUAACUGUAUUAUUUUUGCCCCUUCUCUUUCAAUAGAUCACAAUUAAACCACUAUACUUGUUUUCAUAUAUAUCCAUACCUCUGAGUAAAUGGCAUUUGACAGUUGAAGCCAGAUUCUUCUACCCUGUACAUUGGUACAUAAGUUUAUGCUACAAGAUCUGUAAUUUUUUUUG